UUGAACGAACUUCAGGUUAAACAGGCGCGACCUCCAUUCAUCCUUCGCACUUGAAAAGUGGCGAUUUUAACAUCAUUUCCCACCAUAUUUAACAGAAUUAAUCACAAAUAACCCUUAACUGAGGUAAACAAGUGUGUUCGUAUUAGCAUUUAAGUGUAAUAACAUAAGUUGAAGUGAAAAUGGCGUUGAAAUCUCCACCGGUUCUUCUUGGUCUAUUGGCCCGAGUUUACCGACGUACCUUUUCAACAUCGAAGGCUUUAGCUUCGAAGCCUAUGACGGUGCGCGAUGCCUUGAACCAAGCGAUUGAUGAAGAGAUGGAAAGAGACGAUAAGGUGUUCGUUAUGGGUGAAGAAGUAGCUCAAUACGACGGGGCCUACAAAGUUACGAGAGGUCUAUGGAAGAAGUAUGGAGACAAGAGAGUCAUCGACACACCAAUCACAGAAAUUGGUUUUGCUGGUAUUGCCGUGGGAGCUGCGUUUGCUGGUCUCAAACCCAUCUGCGAGUUCAUGACCUUCAACUUCUCCAUGCAGGCGAUUGAUCAUAUAAUAAACUCAGCGGCUAAAACAUUCUACAUGUCAGCGGGUGGAGUGCCCGUCCCAAUCGUGUUCCGCGGGCCCAACGGUGCAGCUGCGGGGGUCGCGGCUCAGCAUUCACAGUGCUUUGCUGCGUGGUACAGCCACUGUCCUGGACUGAAGGUGCUCAUGCCCUACUCCUCGGAGGAUGCUAAGGGUCUCCUUAAAGCGGCGAUCCGUGACCCCGACCCCGUGGUGUUCCUGGAAGAUGAAAUCCUGUACGGAAUGCAGUUCCCCAUGUCCGAUGAGGCUUUGUCGCCUGACUUUGUGUUGCCUAUUGGAAAGGCCAAAAUCGAGAGGGAAGGAAAGCACAUUACAGUAGUAUGUGCGGGCAAAGCCACCGAUACUGCACUGCAAGCCGCCAAUGAAUUGGCUGGAAAAGGCAUCGAAUGCGAAAUAAUAAACCUGCGAUCCAUCAGGCCGCUAGACUUCGACACGAUCGCUCGGUCAGUGGCCAAGACGCACCACCUUGUUACCGUGGAACAGGGCUGGCCCCAGUCUGGUGUUGGCGCAGAAAUAUGCGCCCGCGUUAUGGAGUCGUCCACGUUCUUCGAGUUGGACGCGCCCGUGUGGCGUGUGACCGGCGCGGACGUGCCCAUGCCGUACGCGAGGUCGCUGGAAACGUUGGCCUUACCGCGACCGCCCGAUGUGGUUGGUGCUGUUAGCGCUGUGCUUGCCAACCAAAUCGCCAGCGAAGCCGCGAUGUAAGAAGAGUUAGGAAUCUCUAGACACACCACCAGAAAUUAAUGUACAUGUAUUGCAGUGAACGAAAUGUGAUCAUUAGGAGAAUUAUAUUAUUGUUAUUUA